GGCUCGCCAUCACAGGAUACACCGCAAGAGUUUAGCUUUGUAGCAGCUCCGGCCUCCGCUGCAAACAGUUAUUGAUUAUAAGCCGUUGUCUCCUGGAACUUGGUGCCUAGGUUUACGGAGACUGUCUCCGGAAUCAGUGGCUCACAUCGCUGUGCCACCGGAGAACAGGCAUCAUCUUGGCCUCCACAACCGGCGUGUCUAAUCCAGUCAGAAUCAGUCUGUUCUAACAGACGUAUGCAGUACACACAAUCUGUACCAACACUGGUUUGUGACUGUCGGACUACAGUCGUACUGUUUUAGAGUGACAGGAAACUGCUGUGUUUUUGAAAUCAUUUACACGAAUUCUUGAUAUAUUUACAUGUGUACACGUGAACGUAUUUAAUUGAUAGGACUUCUCUUUACCCAAUUAUUACAAACGACUUAUUGAGAUUGUGAACAGAUGCUUUUUACAAUCAAACUUGAUUGUGGUACGUGUUUUUAUGACUUCACUAUUCAAAGUUAUUAAAUACAACAAAGCGUAUUAUUUUAAUGAAUUGGUGUAAACACAUAUACCCAGCAAAGUUGAACUGAUUUUAACCCAGACGGUGUUCUACUGUGUGUAUAAAAACUGAAAUCGCAGCUAAAGGGAAAGACCAGACGUUUUAGUUCUCUUGACUCGGCAUACACGUGAAUGGUUCUGACAGUGUAUAGAUAAAACUCGUACCUGGCUACAGCGGCUGGACCUUUAAACAUACCGAACCGUCUUGUGUUCCAAAGCGAAGGAAACCCCACCUUAUCUUCACUGGUAUGAUAGCUCUGCUGACAGUGGGUGAUGAUCUGUACUGUGCGGUGAUUGACUAGACCUGCCAGUGACAUUUAAAGACGACAACACCAUGAUGGAUACCCCCGGUGCCCUGACGGUAGACACAGAUGAAUGACCUUCUUUGGCGUUAGGAUUCUUGUGAAGGCAGAUUAAAAACUCCAACCUUAGAUUUAUCCAGGAUAUACAGAACAAGAAACGUUGAAGAAACAAAGAUGGCGUCGACCAUCUCAGCUGAAAAUCUUUCACGAUUGUUGGCGAACAUGACUCACAACGAGAAUGAUCCACCACAGGUGAUGCAUCAGCCCUGGCUAACCGGACUGUUUAUCAUAAUGUACGCUUUGAUCUUCCUGCUGGGUAUCAGUGGAAACACGCUAGUGGUGUAUUGUGUCGUACGGAACAAAACAAUGCAAACUAUCACUAAUAUAUUCAUCACAAACUUGGCGGUGUCCGAUAUUCUUAUGUGCCUCCUUGCUGUUCCGUUUACUCCCCUCAGCUACUUUCUCAACUCAUGGAUGUUUGGCGAGGCACUGUGUCACAUCGUCCCAAUGUCUCUUGGUAUCAGCGUGUACGUUUCCACGCUUACAUCAACAGCCAUUGCAGUCGACCGCUACUUCGUCAUUGUUUAUCCGUUCAAGCCCCGAAUGAAAGUAUGUGUCUGCUUGUUAAUGAUCGUUGCCAUUUGGAUUAUUUCAAUUUCUAUAUCGCUUCCACUCGGUAUAUACAUGGAGUUGAAGGAGAGUUCCGAAGGGUGCACGUGCGAGGAAAGUUGGCCACGCCGACAGGCAUCACAGUUCUUCACCGUUACCAGCCUUGUUCUUCAGUACAUCGUGCCUUGCAGUAUCAUCACCUAUUGUUACGCUAAGGUUUCGUUGGCUCUUAAGAAAAGGUCAAGGUCAAAGAUUGGUAGUGGAUCAAAAUAUCGCGAGAGGGAUGAGACGGAAAUUAAGCGCAAGCGGAGGACAAAUAAGAUGUUGAUCGCAAUGGUGACAAUCUUCGUUUGUUGCUGGUUACCCUUGAACACUGUUUUGCUUACGGUGGAGUACAAAAGUCAUAUACCUCUUUGGUAUUAUUAUACUUUAAUAUUUUUCUCUGCUCACGUAAUAGCCAUGAGUUCCACGAUUUAUAACCCAUUUCUCUACGCAUGGAUGAAUGAUAACUUCAAAAAAGAAUUUAAACAAGUCCUCCCAUUUUUGUUCCGAAGGGAACGGGAGCGACCAGUUAAUGGCAACUAUACGCAAUACACAAAUGUUGACACUCAACCCUCAGUUGUGAUCAACAGAUCACCCCAAAAAGAACGCGAGAAGCCGAACGACUGUAGCCCAACAAAUAAGCCGAAAGCUUUCUAUGAUCCAGAAUCAGAGAAGGUAGAAUUAAAAGUGAACACGGAUGUAGACAGUGAAGGAACACAUAGCACAUAGAUAAUCCGUAUUUCAUGUAAAAUCUGCUUUGACGACUACCAUUGUGUGACUGCAUAAAAACGAGUAAUCACACGACAGUCAUGUGGUAUAGCUGAUGUGUCAUGGACAUGUUAAAGUGUCCAUAUCUGAUUCCCGUUUUAAGUACCUAAAUAACAUACAUUUCGCUACAUCUUAAGGCUAACGAGCUGAUGGAGUGUAUCCCAGACAGAACAUAGCGUCAGCCUUCAUUCAGGACAACCAGCUCACGCGUAACGAGGAAAGUAACGAACCUGUACGAAGCCAUCGUUAAGUGUAGCUUCAUCUAUCUUCAUAUUCACUUUAAACGUUGCAAUGUCAUAUUUUUUAAGUUUUCAUCCUUUUCGAUCAAGUUGCACUACGUCAGGUCUCCUUAACGGCACUACAUGUACCUCCUUAAGCAGACAAACGAUAUCAAAGAUUCCUGGCAAAAUAUUUGAAAAUGUCUUCAGUACUGAAACCACCUUUACAUCGUCAGAAUGCCGUGAUUAUUGAUGUGGUAUGUCCUAUAUAGAUGUAACGUUCGUUAUUUAUUAGUAAUCUUAUCCUUUCAUCAUAAGCUAUAGUACACUUAUCGAAUUGCAUUUAUAUAUCGGCCAUCUUUCCUGCAUAAUUACGAAUAUGAUAAUAUGAACAUAUAUAAUGAAUAUAUAUUUAUGUAUUUAUGGAUUUCAAGAAAAGACAUUGUUUGAUAUUCAAUUUGUUGCCGGAGUUAAUCCAGAAAAUCAAACAGGCCCUUGAUAUUGAGGUGGUGAUGACGUACGGCGGUGAGAUUAUAUUUUAAUACUGAUGGUAAAUAAAAAAUCACCGUUGUCAUUGGCAAAGUACGUAUGUUUUGUCACAUGAUGAGCGAUCGGCCGUGAUAAUGGCUCCUUGUUGUUCGUCCAUCGAUACCAUUAAAAGCGGAUCUGCUGUAUCAAAUUGCCUCAUUUAAAGUGACGAGGCAUAUAUUUAUAUCUAAUAAAGCACACGCCACACGGUCAAUUAGACACGGACCUACGCUUUGUAAUUUUGCUCCAUUUCCAUUGAGGUCACAGUAGAGUUCAUGGAAUUUAGAAACAUCGCACGUGCUAAUUACCAUGUCAUUAUUAGAUGAUCUCAUUAGAUCCCUUAAUUUCCUCUUAACGCAUAAAGUUCCAAUUAAUUGUGAUUCCUUUGAUUUGUACAAGUUCAGUAUACAUUAGGUUUGGCUGUAUGUAAUUAGUUGAUAAAUCUGGAAUCCGAGUCAGGCGGUAACAUUGUUUUGUCAGAAACACUAUACUAGCAUAUGCGCCUGUAGAUAUCCAUAGGAAGCAGUUCGUACAGCUUGUUACUGUUAUAUUCAAAUGUAGAUUAACUCUAGGUUUUUAUGCAAUUGAAAGAUUAUAAUUCGUUAAAAUAAUGCUUGAAACCGUGAUAUUAUGGCUAACGUUACGUAUUGAACGCGUAUUGGCAUGUUGCAUUUUGAAGUUAUAUAGAGAUUCCUGAUGCGAGCAUUGUGACGACUACAACUACAUUACAACGGCGUUGUCUUUACGUGCCCAGUGAAAUGAAUUAAUUCAUGAUAAGAAUGGAAUCGGUAUUUUGUUAAACAUUUAAAAUUAAAAAAAAAAAUGAAGGGAAACUUCGUGACAGAAAUAAUUUGGAAAGGAAUUAUAGCUAAACCGCAAUAAGUCGUAUCCAACUAGCUCUUACACAAACGUUGCUGUGCCUUUAUCUGACCACUAGAUGUGAAACACUGUAAACGUCUCUUCCAUCUCCUCCAUCUGUCAUUCAUUUGUCACCUACAUCUGCAAGGUUCACGUCUGUCAGAUCAAGCCGAAUAUUGGUCACGUGUGCAAUAGAAAAUAUUCGCUAAUAGACAAAUGAACAUUCAUUCUACUCAACGUGUAAUAGCAACGCAAUAGUCGUGAAUCAAUAGAAGGGAGACCUGCGUCAGCUGUCUUUGUUAACAAACAAUUAAAUGACGUCACUCAAAUCUCUUCAUCGUCAGCUGGGAUAGACGUUAUGUAUAUACCCAGUAAAUCAUUUUCAUUUUUUGCCACGUCUCGCAUCAGGAUCUACGAAAAUGUUAAUUCCAAUUACCGUUGAUAAUCGAUAAUAAUAAGGACACACUAUCAUUUAAACAUAAGACGUUCUAAUGUUACGAUAUAUUCCGCUUAGGCGGACACUACGCAUUCCGAAUGCGUGGGAUAACAAUUCCGGACCAGUGAUUUUAUUUCUCCAACUUAUUCUAGAUGGAACACACGCGCCAAGGUGAAUAUAAUUGUAAUUUUGUUAUUGCCGUCUUUGCCUUAACCUACACUUAUGUUCGCACUUGUUAAUUUGUCUCAUAUUAGAAACAAUUAAAAUUAUUUUGCAUAUUUUGCAAUACACCUACUCUGGAAAAUGUAUUAGGUUACAUGUUACAAUUCACCAUACCAUUGCACAUUAAUUCACCUCUUGGUACUUUAUGUUAAGUGUUUUGGGUUAUUCUAAAACAUCCUCUUGAUUGUCUAUACGGACAUUCUUUAGUAUAGCUAAGCAUCAGGAAUAUCGUGACGCUUAUUCCCAAUGCCACAGUCGUAGUGAAAAAAACACAUCUGUGUUGUUAACAUGGAAGCUCGCCUAAGUGUCAGCGACAACGCUGAUUGGUAUCCCCCUAGUUCCUCGCCACAUAUCUUCACUUCUCGUCUGUAACAGGAAACUCUUGGCCAAUUUUACGAUUUCGCGAAAUAUUUAAUUGACGGAUUAUGCUUCUUAUUAGAUAAAAUGUCUGUUUAAAGUAUUUGGAAGGCAUUGCAUUAAUGUAAAAAUGCGACACUUGUUUAUAAUUAAACAAUUGGACACAACGAGUAACGAUAUGUGGCGAGGACUGAUAAGCCUUGUGUGUGGAGAUACCUGUGUUUGGUUGAUAAAAUAUAUUGAUGAUUUAUUGAACAUGUAUAAAUUUAUUAUGUCUAUAUAAAUGAAUAUAUCUAUAUAUAAUAUGAUUAUCACAAUUAUAUAAAUGUAUAAUGUCCCUUGUGUAUGGUUGUAAUGGAACGGAUACACGUGAUGUAUCAUUAAUCUCAAUCUUUGAACUCAUGCCGCUAGUUAUAAGAGUAUAUGCUUCCUGUUUUCGGACCUGAUGCUCAUAAGUAUUUUGAACGGGAGCAAAACAUUCUUGCCUGCUUUUAUUGUAUGUGAGGACAUUUUUAUCCUACCUAGAUUGCACACACUGAAAUUAAAUUAUGUUGCAUAUCAUUUUGAAUUUUCGGAAUAUAUUUGUUCAGGCGAGGAAAAUGUUUCCUGUUCAAAAUUUUGAUAUACAUUCGGAAAAGUUAUGCGAUUUCGUACAUUUUGGAAGAACUUCCGGUUAACAGGUCCCACCAGUUCAUGACUAUGCCUGAGUUUUUCUUUGUAUGUUCCUGAUGUCGUAGUUAUCAACAAAUAUAUAUAAAAAGUCUGUAAAUAAA